CCAUCAUAGAUAUUGAUCAGCCAGUCCCCACCGUGGUUCAAGGACUCCCAACCGCUUUGAUGUGUCCUGUAUUUGGUUACCCAGAACCCUUUGUGGCCUGGGUACGAGACGGAGUCAUCCAUCAAAACACCACAACCACAUCAGUCUUCAAGGAAAACGAGCUGAACGAAAACCGCAAUCAAUCAAAAUGGGAAUGCAUCGUCUCGAAUAUCCAUGGAUCAGAUUUCCAUCAGUUUCACAUUACAGGAGUGUCAUGGCACAGAAUGUGUGCAAAGCACCAUAUACUUGCUACCAAACGAACCUUGAACGAUGUUAUUAGUAGUCCUGAUCAAGCUUCCAAUGACACGUCUGUGAAUGAGUCUGUGUGGUUCCGCCUCCAGGAUCCUGUUACAUCUCAAUCUAUGCAGAUCCCUGAGUCUUGUACUCCUUCCAUGCGCUGUUCAACCCAGGCCACCGGCUGGCUGCUURGUUCUCAUCCGGGUAUUCAAGACGGAGGAGUUCGUCGUACUGUGUGUUUUAACUGGGAUGGCAAUUGCUGUAAAUAUAACACCACUAUUCUUGUACGAAGAUGUCAUGGCUUCUAUGUUUACAAGCUCCAAAAAUCAUCGUUUGAUGUUCACGCUGGCUACUGUGCAGAAAUCUCCAAUGCAUUAAGCCCAAGUGUUAUUUUCAAACACGUGACGGUCAAUGGCGGCGUCGUAAACCACGUGAUUCAUACUGAACGUGACCUUGACCCACUCGAGUGCGUAUCAGUCUGUCUGUCACACCAGUCAUGCAAAUCAAUCAACUAUUAUUCAAGUAGCAGACUGUGUGAGAUGAACAGUGCUGCCAGAAGUGACGUGUCGUCCAGUGAUUGGAUGGAAAGACAAGGAAUCUCCCUGUACGAAAUGAUUAAAACAGUCGAUAAUGGCUCCUGUGAAAAGUGAUCAUUGAUCAUAACUUACUUCCAAGGUCUUAAUAUGAGAAGGUACGUGAAGACAAUAACUUGAGAAAACGAGCUAGGUUUCGUGCGAAUGAAUUGAUGCCCGAAGCAGCAGCGAAACUCAAAAUGAUCACAGGGAGUCCGAAUUAGAUAAAA